AUGCCAUCCCCAAAUCUCCGACCGUGCAAAGUCCUCAUCGCCGGGGGCGGCAUCAGCGGGCUCACCCUGGCGCUGUCGCUGGAGAAGCACGGUAUCGACUACCUGCUCCUCGAGGCAUACCCGGACUUGGCCCCGCGACGCGGCGGCGGCAUCGCCGUGAUGCCGAACGGCGCGCGCAUCCUAGACCAACUGGGCUGUUACGAGGACCUCUACCGGCGCGCAGGGGACAGCGCGGCGUCUCGGCUGUAUCUCCGCGGGCCCGACGGCCAAGUCCUGGCCACCGUCGAUCACAUCGACAAAGGCUUGACAGAGAGACACGGCUACCCAAUCAUCUGGGCCGACCGCCACCACCUCCUGCGCACGCUCCACGACCACAUCGCCGACAAAUCCAGACUCCUCCCGAACAAACGCAUCACCGGCGUACACCAUACUCCCGGGGGCGUCGAAGUCACCACCGCCGACGGCAGCACGUACCGAGGCGACAUCCUCGUCGGCGCGGACGGAACCCACUCGACCGUGCGGCAGGCGAUCGUCGCGCGGGCCACCGAGCUAGGCCUAGGGAAGGAGUACUCCGAAGAAGAGCAAAUCCCCUCCACCUACGACUGCAUCUUCGGCCUCUCGCCUUACCACCCAGGUCUCUCGCAACAAGAAGAAGAAGAGAGCACCCUCCAAUUCAUCCUCGGCGACCACCAGUCCUACAUCGUGGGCACCUCCCGCCCCGCCAACCGCACUUGGUGGUUCCUUGCCAUGAAUCGGGGCGCCAUCCACCACGGGGCGGAGAUUCCGAAGCACGAUGCCGCAGAUAAGGAGCGGGUGCUCCGCGCGCAUGCAAACGAUCAGAUUACCCCGACUGUUACGUUAGCGGAUCUACUGGAUGCCGGCCCGGUGGAGACGGUCUACACGCCCCUGCGGGAGUGGGUGUACUCGCGGUGGUAUCUGGGGCGGAUGGGGGUGGUCGGGGAUGCGGCGCAUAAGAUGACGACGGUGCUUGCGCAAGGCGGCAAUCAAGCUUUCGAAAGCGCGGCCGCGAUGACGAAUAGUCUGGUGAAAAUGCUGGCAAAUGGGAAAUGUGGGAGAAUGACAGACGGCGAGAUUGAGGCGAUGUUCGAGGAGGUGCAGGUAGGACGUGCCCCGAGAGCCACAGAGAUGAUGGAGGCGUCCGGCAAGAAGCAGCGGGCGGAUGCGAUGGAGACGCCGGAGCUGAAGCAUUUCUCGAUGAAUGUGUUUCCGAAGAUCAUGGCGGAGGGGGCGUUUCGGCGGUGGAAGGAGUACUUGGUCGGGGCGGUCUCGUUGCGCGGGUUGCCGACUCCGUGUCGGAAGAGGGCGGUGCCGUUUGAUGAUGAGGUGGAGUGUGGGGUGGAGGGGCUGGGGAGGGUGGUGGCUAAGUUGUAG